AAAGCAAAUUCGAUACGAUUUUUGUUUACGACCAUAUGUCACGUAUUCGAUUAACUUCGUCAAUGCCAUCGUAGAUUGAUGCUAAGAAAUAACCCGGAGAAAGAACAUGGUCAUACAAGAAAAAGAUGUCUAGUGGUAAGCGUUUUCCCGACAAACAGGAUGCCUCCAAUCCCACGAAGAAACCCAAGUUCGAUGACGACGAUGAUGAAUUCCCUUCGAUGUUUGAACAUGAUUUGGAGAUGAUGGAGCAGAUGGAAAGUGAGCUGUUAAUGGGCAGUGAAAGCACUGAUUUUGUUGAUGAUGAAACAGAAGUGUCUCAGAAAUGGACACGACCACCCUUACCUUCCAUUGAUCGUGCAAAAGAUACAGUUGUUUUCCAACAAAUUAGUGUUGACUACUAUAUUGGUCCACCAAUGCAAGGAAUGCCUGGAUCCAGAAUUGGGCCUGUACCUAUCAUCAGGAUGUUUGGGAUUACCAUGGAAGGGAACAGUGUGCUUGCCCAUAUCCAUGGUUUUGCUGCAUAUUUCUAUGUCCCUGCGCAAUCUGGUUUCAAAAAAGAACACUGUCAACAGUUCAAGAAUGCAUUGAAUAAAGCUGUAAUGAAAGACCUCAGAUCAAACCGAGAAGAUGUAAAAGAGGCCGUUCUUGGUGUUGAAUUUACAACAAAAGAGAGUAUAUAUGGUUUCCAUGACAAUAGAAAGGAGCCUUUUCUGAAAAUUACUGUGGCUCUGCCUCGUCUCAUUGCCCCUGCUAAAAGACUUUUGGAACAAGGCUUUCAGUGUCCAGACUAUGCCUGUCAUGGUUUCCAAACCUAUGAAAGCAACAUUGACUUUGAAAUCAGAUUUAUGGUUGAUAAAGGCGUUGUUGGCUGUAAUUGGAUUGAGUUGCCCAAGGGAAAAUAUCAAAUCCGUUCCAAGGAUAGCCAAAAGCCAAACACUCCUGAUAAUCCUACCAUAAAAUCUCAUUGCCAGUUAGAGGUAGACAUAUCUUGGGAGGAUUUUAUUUCUCACCCAGCAGAAGGAGAAUGGUCAAAAGUGGCUCCGUUCAGAAUCCUCAGCUUUGACAUAGAAUGUGCUGGAAGGAAAGGUAUAUUUCCAGAAGCUGAUAAGGACCCUGUCAUCCAGAUAGCCAACAUGGUAGUGAGGCAAGGCAAGUCUGAACCCUUUAUACGCAAUGUCUACACACUGAAGAAGUGUGCUCCAGUGAUAGGGGCCCAGGUUUUGUCUUAUGAUUCAGAAAAGGAGUUGCUUAAAAACUGGUCCAGUUUCAUUCGUUCUGUCGAUCCAGACAUCGUAACAGGUUAUAACAUUCAGAACUUUGACUUCCCAUAUCUUAUCAAUCGAGCAAAGCAUCUAGAUGUGACAAACUUUCCAUUCCUCGGACGGAUCCGUAACCAAAAGUCUGUGAUAAAAGAAUCAACAAUACAAAGCAAACAGAUGGGAAAGCGAGAGAACAAAAUCAUUAACAUUGAAGGACGAGUUAUGUUUGACUUGUUACAGGUGUUGCUGCGAGACUACAAACUGCGAUCGUACACAUUGAAUGCAGUGUCAUUCCACUUCCUGCAGGAACAGAAGGAAGAUGUUCAGCAUUCCAUCAUCACAGAUUUACAGAAUGGCACAGAACAAACCCGACGCCGUCUGGCAAUCUACUGCCUCAAAGAUGCUAUUCUACCCUUAAGGCUGCUAGAGAAGUUGAUGUGUGUCAUAAACUAUAUGGAAAUGGCCAGAGUAACAGGCGUUCCCUUGCCCUACCUUCUCUCUAGGGGGCAGCAAAUCAAAGUUAUUUCUCAGCUACUGCGGAAGUGUAGAGAACAAGACUUGUUGUUACCUGUACAGAAAAUGACAACUGGUGAUGAGUAUGAAGGAGCUACUGUUAUUGAACCUACCAAAGGUUACUACAGCUGUCCCAUCGCUACCCUUGAUUUCUCAUCACUGUACCCAUCCAUCAUGAUUGCUCACAACUUGUGUUAUACCACAUUGCUAAAUCAGAACACAAUAAAAAAUUUGGGUUUGACAUCAGAUCAAUACAUCAAGACACCCUCUGGAAACCUAUUUGUGAAGUCCGCUUUAAGGCAAGGCUUGUUGCCUGAGAUUUUAAAUGAUCUUCUCUCUGCCCGAAAACGUGCCAAGGCUGAUUUAAAGAAAGAAACAGAUCCUUUGAAGAAAAUGGUUUUGGAUGGUCGACAAUUGGCCUUGAAGAUCAGUGCCAAUUCUGUAUAUGGAUUUACUGGUGCUCAAGUUGGCAAGCUUCCAUGUCUUGAAAUUUCACAGAGUGUCACAGCUUUUGGACGUAUGAUGAUUGAACUUACCAAACAAUAUGUAGAAGAAAAAUACGAUACUGAAAAUGGCUACAAGCACAAAGCUAAGGUAAUUUAUGGUGAUACAGAUUCUGUGAUGUGCAAUUUUGGAGUUGAAACUGUUGCAGAGGCGAUGGAACUUGGGAAGGAAGCAGCAGAACAUAUUUCCAGCAAAUUUAUCAAACCUAUUAAAUUGGAAUUUGAAAAGGUUUAUUUCCCGUACUUGUUGAUCAACAAGAAGCGUUAUGCUGGAUUGUAUUGGACUAACCCGAACAAGUAUGACAAAAUGGACUGCAAGGGUAUUGAAACGGUUCGUCGAGACAACUCUCCAUUGGUUGCUAAUCUCAUCAACAGUUGUUUGAAGAUGCUUCUCAUAGACAGAAAUCCUGAUGGUGCCGUGGAAUAUGCCAAGCAGACGAUAUCUGACCUUCUCUGCAACCGUAUUGACAUCUCCCAGUUAGUGAUCACGAAAGAACUCACCAAAUCUGACAAAGAUUAUGCGGCGAAACAAGCCCACGUCGAACUUGCUAACAGAAUAAAGAAACGUAACCCAGGUAGUGCACCUCAGUUGGGCGAUCGUGUUCCCUAUGUGAUAAUUGCUGCACCAAAAAACACAGCGGCUUACCUUAAAUCUGAGGAUCCCAUCUAUGUACUUGAGAACAAUAUUCCUAUUGAUACUGAAUACUACCUCACUAACCAAUUGUCGAAGCCAUUGAUGAGAAUAUUUGAACCAAUUCUUGGAGAGAAAAAAGCAGAAUCAGUUCUCUUAAGAGGUGACCACACUCGAACAAAAACAUUGGUUAUAUCCAAAGUAGGUGGCCUGGCUGCCUUCACCAAGAAGAAAAGUACCUGUAUUGGUUGUAAAGCCGUGUUGGACAGUGGCAACAAAGCAGUAUGCAAACACUGCAAGUCUCAAGAAUCUGCAAUCUACCAGAAAGAGAUUUGCCAGUUGAGUGCUCUGGAAGAGCGUUUCUCACGUCUCUGGACGCAGUGUCAACGAUGCCAGGGUAGCCUGCACGAGGACGUCAUCUGUACAAGUCAAGAUUGUCCAAUCUUCUACAUGAGGAAAAAAGUUCAGAAAGAUUUGUCUGACCAAGGUAAACUGUUACAUCGCUUUGGUCACAUAGAUUGGUAGCUUCUCAGUGAGCUCUAGGCAUUUAUACAGUUAUCUAAAUACUCAUCUGAUUUAUGUUCUACCUUUUCAUUGUUUGCUUUUCAUGUGUGUGUAUAUAUGUGUGUGUGUGUGUG